CCUGCUUCCGGUUAGCAUCACUUCAAGGACGGACCUGAUUUCUUAUUCUCAUCCAAUUUAACCUUUACUACCUCCGUCGUUUGCAGGUUCCGCCAUGCGGAGUGCGUAUCUCCUCCUCGUUCCUACGCUGCUGCUCCUCCUGGCACUUCCCGUCUCCAAGGGACGUUACAACGAUGACUUUGACGAUGGGGAGGACGUGGCAGACUUUGACGACAACGACUUUGCUGAGUUUGAGGACAUGAAUGAUGAUCAGACGGCUGAGGCAGAAACCGCUCCCCCGCCACGUGUCGCAGCAUCCUCACAGCCUGAAGAGGAUGAAGACGAAGCCACCGUGGAGCUGGAGGAUGGCCAAGAUGGCUUUGAGGACUCUGAAACACAAGAUCAAGAUAUGUACAGCAAAUAUGACCAGGAGGAGUUUGAGGGGAUUGGAGACAUGGAGAAGACGAGCCACUCCAUGAAGGACCCCCUCAUAAUCCACACGGUUCCUGCGCAUCUUCAAAACAGCUGGGAGAGUUACUACAUGGAGAUCCUGAUGGUGACCGGCCUGUUGUCCUACAUCAUGAACUACAUCAUCGGCAAGAACAAAAACAGUCGCCUCGCUCAGGCCUGGUUUAACUCGCACAGAGAGCUCCUGGAGAGCAACUUUGCUCUAGUGGGUGACGACGGUACGAGUAAAGAAGCGGUGAGUACCGGGAAGCUGAAUCAGGAAAAUGAACACAUCUACAACCUGUGGUGCUCUGGGCGAGUGUGCUGCGAGGGCAUGCUCAUUCAGCUCAAGUUUUUGAAGAGGCAGGACCUGCUCAACACUCUGACCAGGAUGAUGAGGCCCGCCUGCGACCAAGUGCAAGUCAAAGUGACUCUUAAUGACGAGGACAUGGAUACUUUCGUGUUUGCUGUCGGAGCUAAGAGGGCCAUGGCUCGGCUGCAGAAGGAGAUGCAGGACUUGAGCGAGUUCUGCAACGACAAGCCGAAGUCCGGGGCCAAGUACGGGCUUCCAGACUCGAUGGCCAUUCUGAGUGAGAUGGGCGAGGUGACGGAUGGUGUGAUGGACAACAAGAUGGUACACUAUAUCACCAACUAUGCGGACAAGAUUGAGUCAAUCCAUUUCUCGGACCAAUUUUCUGGUCCAAAAGUUAUGCAAGAGGACGGUCAGCCUCUGAAGCUGCCCGAGACCAAGAAGACACUCCUGUUUACAUUUAUUGUGCCUGGCAUGGGCAACACGUCUCCCAAAGACAUGGACUCUCUGCUUCCUCUCAUGAACAUGGUGAUCUACAGCAUCGAUAAAGUCAAGAAGCUGCGUCUCAACAGAGAGGGCAAACUGAAAGCUGACAGAAACCGGGCUCGCGUGGAGGAGAACUUUCUGAAGCAGACCCACACUCAGCGCCAGGAAGCGGCGCAGACGCGCAGAGAGGAGAAGAAGAGAGCGGAGAAGGAGAGGAUCAUGAACGAGGAGGACCCUGACAGACAGCGCCGCCUGGAGGAAGCGGCGCAGCGGCGGGAGCAGAAGAAGAUUGAGAAGAAGCAGAUGAAGAUGAAGCAAAUCAAAGUGAAAGCCAUGUGAAAGAUCACUACAGGGGGGAAAAAUAAUAAUAAAGCAUCCGAGCACACAAAAGCAACGCUUGGCUCAGCGUCCCCCUCUUUUCUCUCCAUCCCAUCCCAUAAUACUGCCUCCGUCUGUUGGAAAGAUGUUUGGUUCUCAUCUUUUUAAACAUAAUCUGCUAAUGAAUACACUAUUUGGUGGUUUUGUGCCACUUUUUUAAAGAACUGAACACAUUUCUGUGAUUUAAUUGGAAAUAUAUUUGCAUUAUUGUAAUCUUUAAGCUGUAAUGUCAAAUAAAUUUUAAUAUAUACGUGUGUGUGGUUUGAAAUCGAGAUCCUUCAGGCUGUUUCUAAUCUGAGCGAACAAUAAAUGCACUGGAGUCUUAGAAAA